AUGCGCAACUGUGCCGAGAUCGUUUCAACCAGCCUGCAAUCCUAUCUGGCUGCGGAGUUGUCUGCGGCCCAGUUUUUCUGCAUUUCUCGGACAGGUAACCGUACCUCGCGCCACUUGUUGGGCAGGAUUAUUGAAGCCGUCGGCCCCGCCUGGUUACACCUGACGGAAAGUGAACGCCUUCAAACCAUUUUUAGCUACGAGGCAAUCUUCUCGGCAACUGAAGUACUACAAAAUUUGAUUUUUCGGAAUGAGUGGGACACCAGGCGGCCGAAGGAUCCCUGUUCGGUCGAAAAUCCUUCGCGAAAUGAGACCAGCUACAUGUACACAUUUGCCGAAGAAGUUCGCAGGCUACCUGCCCGCAAGGGAGUCAUCACGGGGAUCGACUUUGCGGGCACCUACUUCAGUGACACCGCGGAAUUCCUUCUCAAUGCAUGCCCGAAAGAAAGCAUUCAGAGUGGCAGGGGAUGUGACAAUCAACUGGCCCUAUACGCCUUUCCGAGCGGAAACAUGUCAGUUAUUGGCAAUUUGCAGCCCUUCUUGCCAAAUGAGAGACGCAUUCGUGUGACGAUUUUUGAGGAACCACCAUUUGUCCUCUACGAGAACGGCACCUACGUCGGAUUUUUGGUGGAGCUGUUGGAUACACUGGCAGAACGUCUCAAUUUCUCCUAUGUGUUGUUGCCCCUGUCCAAACCGGAGUACGGAACGGAGCUGCCCAAUGGCACUUGGACGGGCAGAGCCGACAUCGCACUCGUCCCCAUGUCUAUUACUAGUGAUAGAGCCAAGGUGGUCGACUUCACCUUCCCCUACUUUGAUGUCGUCGGCCUCAUAAUGGUGCAACGAGAUCACUCUAGUGAAACUGGCAGCAUGUUCUUCUUCAUGACUGUCUUCUCGAAAUGGGUGUGGCUAGCCUCGUUGGUGUCAGUCAUCGUGGUCGGUUGCAUGCUCGCCCUGUUGGACCGGCUGUCGCCCUACAGCUUUCGCAACACGAGGACACUGCAAGCGGGCGGGCCACCCGGCCUGGUUUUUAAUUUACAAGAGGCGCUCUGGUUGGUAAUAGGAUCAGCGAUGCAACUGGGUCAAAAUCUCAACCCACGAGCUCCGUCAACUCGGAUCCUGCUGGCUGGCUUCUGGUUAUUUGUGACUAUCAUGCUGGCCAUGUUCUCCGCUAAUCUCUCCGCCUUCCUCACUGUCGCCGGGUUUGAUGCGAGGGCAAGUAACCUCUGGCAGCUAAGCCAGGGCACUGACAUCAAGUUCACGGUACAGAAGGGCUCCCCUGGCGAAACGUACUUUGCGCGGCUAGCAGCGAGUGAACAGGCGCUAUUCCAGCAGUGGAAGCAACUUACGCUUCAUAAGGAUAGAACAUCUUCGACCUACUGCGUUUGGCAGUACCCAAUACAGGAGGUUUACUCUGAACUCUUUCGGUCAAUGCUCAGUGUAGGACUCACUACUUCAACUGAACAGUCUUUACAAAGACUUCAGGAGGAUUGGAUGGUCUUCAUGGAGACUCCCUUGAUGCAGUACUAUACUAAUAAGUACUGCAACCUCGAGACAGUGGGUGAUCAGCUUGGAAGUUGGACCUAUGGCCUAGUGCUGCAGAAGAGCUUUCCCUUGAAGGAUGCUCUGGACUCUGCCCUCCUGGAUCUGCAGACAGAACAAGUACUAGAAAUGUUGAAACAAAAAUGGCUAUCCUACGGAGCCGUGCAUUGUCCCCCGCCCAACAAAGAUCCUGGUUUCCGUCCGGACCAGAUUGCGGGUGUCUUCAUUGUCCUUUGUGUGGGCUAUGUGCUCAGCCUCGUUGCACUCCUAGUCGAAUUCUUGAUUGCUUGGCUACUUCGAAAGUACGCCAUCCGGUUGGUAAGUAGAACGAGGAAAAUGGUAAACUGUCUUGAGAGAGAGAGAGAGAGUAAACUUGGAUUCUGUUUUUUUUUAAAUGAUCAACAUUUUGGUUAA